UGUGUAUUUCAAAAGAAUGUGUUUUUUUACUUUUGAAAAAUUUUGGAAAAAAAAAAAAGAAAAAGAAAGAAGAAGUUAGAGGGCUCCGUUGCAUUUACCUCAUUUUUGCAAUUAUUAUUUAUUUAAACAGGUUCUUUGUUGUCAAUUUUUUUAAUUUUAUUUAAACACUCCAUUUCACGGCGUUCCCUCCGAUCUUCUAUAAUAACCCGCCAAAGAAGUUUGACUGCAAAUUGAGAUUUGUGAGUUAGAAACUAGCAUUGGAAAGAGAAAAAAAAAAAAACGAUGCCGCUAUUAAGCUCAUUGGAGCGUGAUUAUCCAUUAAUCGACUCCGAUUUCUGCAAAUUCUGUGCUUCUCACGCCAUUCUUUCAGUUGAAGAUUUUCUUCUGCAUGAUCUUUAUGUGUUAGUGAUUUCAACCGAACAGCAUCAUAAUUCUGAGAGAUUGAAGGAGGGCAUCACUCAGGUUCUAACUAUCAUUAACAAGCAGCAUCAACCAUGGGUAGAUGGUCGGGAGUUGUUGGAUGAUGCUUUACAGAAUAAGCGAUUCUUACCUACUGGAUGCAGAAGCAUAGAUGCAUUUCUUCAUGGUGGAUUAAAAGAAGGAUACCUAACGGAGCUAGUAGGUACAUCAUCCUCUGGUAAAACACAAAUUUGCUUACAAACGGCUUCAGCUGUCGCAAAAAACUGGGGCAAAAUUGUUUUCUUGGACUCUGGAAAUUCUUUCUCUCCAAAACGUGUUGCUCAAAUUGUCACUCAGACACCAGAUCUUUCUGCCUAUGAGGUAGACAAGGCCCUUCAACAAGUAAUGAACAACAUAUUAUGUAUGUCAGUGUUUGACAUUUUCACACUUUUCGAAGUGCUUCAUCAGCUAAAGAACAAUCUCAGAUCUCAGAUAGAUAAGCACAUAAAAAUGCUUAUCAUUGACUCAAUAUCAUCACUCAUUACACCAAUUCUUGGAGGAGGUGGUGCACAGGGACAUGCUUUAAUGGUUUCAGUGGGAUUCUUAUUAAAGCGAUUGGCGCAUGAACAUGAUAUCUCCAUUUUGGUCACCAAUCACAUGGUGGGUGGUGAAAGAGGUACUUCCAAGCCAGCACUUGGAGAGAGUUGGAGGAGCAUCCCGCAUGUUAGACUUCUGCUGUCGAAAGACCACAUUAGGAACAUCAGGAGUAUGUCAGUACUUAGACACCCACACAUGUGGAUAUUUCAUCCAGGCUGCUGGAGAUAGAGUGGAGUUCGAGUUACAAUGACAUCAGGCUUUAUAAUGCCUGAGAACUUUAUCAAGGUAUCAACUUGAUGCUGCUGCAUUGUGAGGGAAAUAUUAACUAAGGUUUCUGUUGGGGGGAAAAGAGAGAUAUCCUGACCUUGUGAGAUGGAGAGUUACUGCUACAUCAUAUAGAUACUAACAUGCUUUUACUUUUAUAUAUGUUAGGUUGUGGUUCAUUUUUGUAAUAUCUAUCAGAAAACUCUUGAACCAAGGUAAAAUUAAAAUUAUUGUGGCAUUUUGACAACCUAUCUACUGAAUCUAGAGAAGAAAAUUUACUCUUUUUAUCAAAAUCGGAAACUGAUGCUUUCAUAACUCUCAGCUAGAGGAAUAUACAUUGGAGUACUAAAUUAAGAUGUGAUUGGCUAUA